GUCUCUCUCUCCCCACUCGCUCCCCCACAAUUAACCCCCCCCCUUUUCCCGCCUGCCUUUUUCGGACUCGCUGCAUAUAAAACGAUCAUCAUCAUCGUGAACUCUUCGCCAUUCCCUUGUUCUGUUACUUCCCAAUGGUGGUUUAACUAUCUUGCUCUCUGCAUUUUCUGUACUUCUAUCUUCAAGCUACAUCACAAUUAUACAUUAAACACCCAUUUUCUUCAAUCGCCUUCUUGAUGGAGUUCAUAAUUCGAAACUAUGAUGGGAAAUCUGACAAAGCUCAAGUGGAAGAUAUCGAGAGAAGAUGCGCUGUAGGCCAAGCAGAAAGCGUGUUCCUCUUCACAGACACUAUGGGUGACCCCAUUUGCAGGAUUCGAAACAGUCCCAUGUACAACAUGCUGGUCGCAGAGAUGGACAGCGAGUUAAUUGGGGUCAUUCAAGGCUCUAUAAAAGUGGUUGCACUUCCAACCCACGACUUGGCCAAGGUGGGCUUCGUGUUGGGGCUGAGGGUGGUUCCAAAUCAUAGGCGAAAAGGGGUGGGAUCGAGCCUAGUACGAAGGCUAGAAGAAUGGUUCUGUUCUAACGACGUGGACUAUGCAUAUAUGGCCAUAAUGAAAGAUAACCAUGACUCUAUCAGCCUCUUCAUGGGCAGGUUUGGUUACACCAAGUUUAGAACUCCGUCUAUCCUUGUAAAUCCAGUGAACCAUCAUCCCUUGAGAAUCUCAUCCAACAUUGAGAUUGUCAGGCUCAAGGCUGAACAAGCUGAAUCGCUUUACAGAAAGUUCAUGGGAUCUUGUGAGUUCUUUCCUCAUGAUAUAGACUGUAUACUUAGGAACAAGCUAAGUCUGGGGACCUGGGUUGCUUAUUUUAAAGGAGAUAGUUCAUGGGAUGAUUUUGGAAAUGAUGGUCAAGUUCCUAGUAACUGGGCUAUCCUUAGUGUUUGGAAUAGUGGGAAAAUCUUCAAUCUUAGGUUAGGGAAAGCAACUUCUACUUGCUUGUUAUGCAGAAAGAGUCAGAGUUUGAUUGAAAAGGUGUUUCCAUGCUUGAAAUGGCCUACUUUUCCUGAUUUCUUGAACCCAUUUGGGUUUUACUUUAUGUAUGGAUUGUGCCAUGAUGGGCCAUUGUCUGGGAAGCUCGUGAGAGGGUUGUGCAAGUUUGUACACAACAUGGCUGCAGAGUCUCAUCAGGACAGUGAGAAUAUCAAGAUUGUUGUGACUGAAGUUGGAGGGAGAGAUAAGAUCAAGCAUCAUAUCCCACAUCGGAAAUUACUGUCUUGCCAGGAGGACUUGUGGUGCAUAAAGGCCUUGAAGAAUGAAGGAGCACACAAGUUUCAUGAAUUGACCAAAAUCCCAGUAGCAAGAGCCCUUUUUGUAGACCCAAGGGAGGUCUAGAUCUUAAAAGAAUAAUACUUUCCACUUAACUAUCAUUUAUUUCUUAUAAAAUAGGUCCAGAUAUAUAGUAAUAGAUAAUUGCACAGUUUAGUGCUUGAAAAAUAUGCUAAUUUAGAUUCUACCUGUGUUUAUUUCAA